AUGGGUUUGGCCCGUUUGGCAGCUGCUGCGGUGGCUUUGUUUUACAGUGGAUGUGGGACAGACGUGGGCAUUGUGAAGGGCAUCAGCUAUGGGCCCAUGCCUUGCAAGGGGCCCUGCACCGUUAGCCAGGACGACUUCUUCUCGCAGUCCGCGAAGCCCAUGUGGGGUCGGAGAGGGCGAGGAGACCUCGAGAUCAUUCGGCAGCUUGGGGCCAACACGGUGCGUCUCUACGGGAACAAUCCAGAGAACACCCACCGAGACUUCCUGGACGAAGCCAAGGAGCUGGGGUUAGCAGUGGUGCCUGGUCUAAGCGACUACGACUUCAUCCAGAGCCCGACCAACUGCCUGACGACCGAUUUCAAUUGCUACAACCAGGUCAAGAGCUCCUACAAGCAGCUGCUUCAAAAUGGCUUCCUUCUGGAAGGCAGAUAUCACCCAGCGCUUCGGGAGAUCAUUGUCAUCAACGAGCCGGACCUGAAAUUGCCGGGCCUGCACGAGCCAAAGAAGUUUUGCCGCGGCGUCCUCUCUGCGAUCGACGCCAUGCUUGAUGCGGAGAACGAAGUGCGGGUCAAUGGCACGCGGAUCAAUUUCACUGUGGCGUUCUCCUUCGGGGUCUGUACAGCAUGCGCGAAUUCCUCGUUUAAACCCGCGCUCGGCCAGAUGGCCGCUCUCCGGGCGGCAAUGCACCAUCCGGAGUCGGUAGGCUAUGAUGCGCACAACAACUUGACAAAGUUCUACCACGAAAGGUUCCACAAUAGUUUCAACACGGCGAAUCCCGCCGUUCACGUGAAGUCCAUGUUUCUGGACUCGUACGUGUCUGAAUUUCCGACUACGCCUGUCAUGAUCCAGGAGUAUCACAACCCGCACGGGGAUGUUGCCAUCGACCUCAAGGAGAUGUUGCAGAUUGUGCGAGACUGCCCUUUGCUGAACGGGGUUUCCUUCUUCGAGUUCCAUGUCCGCUACGACAAGGGCGGAACCGAAAUGGACUUCGGCAUCUUCAAGCUGGGGGACUACCCGGUGGUCGACUUUGACUACUUCGGCGACGACUUCCAAGCCUGGUGCCUGGUACCGGCAGCCAAGGGCGAUGGCGACCUGCCGCGCGCCGUGGCCGCUGCCUACGGUGGCUCAGCGGACUUCUCGGAGCUGUGCAUCCCAGAUCCGCGCAAGGUCAGCCUCACGCCGAAGGGCUAUCAGAGCAUCGCAGAGCAAGAGAAGCCGGCCAGGAUGCAGGUGUUCAUCGACCGUUUGGUCACUCAUUUCGGCGGCAAGGUCGCCGAUGCCCACGAGCUUGACGCGUUUGCCAGGGGCUACACGUUCCAAGCCGGCAUUCGCGAAGGACACCCCCGCUUCCCGACCUUGGUCGGGGCUCUGAAGGAGCAGCCGAACUGGGCAACUUGGAACAACGACGCCAGCUGCGUCGCCGACCGUGACUCCCAUGUACCUGCUGUGGGCAGCGCCGUAGGUGAUGCCUGCCGCGAUCUCAAGGAGUUCCGAUGCCUGGAGAUUCCCGAUGCGUGCAAGUCCAACAUCUGGGACGUCGCCGACUACGUCUUCGGCGUCUACUACGCCGAGCAGGGCGGGAAGUCCGCCUUAGAGCAUUGCUACUUCAACGGUGCUGCCACGCUUGCGGGCACCCCUGAACGCCUGGCCGAAAGCAAGCCUGAGUGUGUUGUGCCGCGGACGUGGAAGCCAAAACGACGUCUGCUCAGCUAUGAAGGCGACUUGGCCUUCGAGCGGUUUCCUGGCGAGGCAGAGCUUGGCGACACCGAGGAUGAAGAAGCUGCGGGCCGCCUCUUGGUUCCCUCGCUCCUGGCGGGCGUGGCUGCGGUGGCGGCCCUGGUGUCAGUCAUGGCCUGCCUCCGCGACCGCAGAGGCAGCACAGUCAAAUGCCCAUGCCCACUCGAGUCCCCGGCCGCGAGCAGUGGACGCAUCUCCAUCCAGGUGGUGCCAGUUGCCUCCUGUGAAUCGUUGGCGUCGACCGUGGCGCAACUGAGUGAGGAGUAG